GAGCCACGCCCCCUCCCUCUCGCCGUCCGCUCCCGGCGUGCCCCGCGCCGCCAUGGCCGACCUGUUCGAUGGGAUCGUGAUGGCCGAGCAGAGGUUCCACGGGGAGGGCUACCAGGAGGGGCUUGCAGAGGGCAGCCACGCUGGCAUGGCUGAGGGCAGGAGGCAUGGAGCACUGCAUGGAGCCAGGAUGGGCUCAGAGAUUGGCUGCUACCUUGGGUUUGCACUGACGUGGCACUGUCUGCUCCAGAAAUGCACAGAUCCAAAGAACAGCAAAAAGCUAAGGGCUCUGGAUUCAUUAAUAGGGAUGAUUCAGAAAUUCCCAUAUGAAGACCCCACUUAUGAUAAGCUGCAAGAAGAUCUGGAAAAAAUCAGAGGAAAAUUUAAACAGGUUUGUUCAAUGCUAAAUAUUCAGUCUGAUUUUAGACUUGGUAAUGAGAGAUCUUCACUGACAUUUUGAAUGCAACAGAUGAAGAUAAUCGUGGAUGACCAAAGGAAAAAAAACAUUAACAGAACUGGAAAACUUUCUAUCUACUUUUAUAUUUUAAAAAAAUCAAAAUAGUGAAGAGAUGUUAAAGGGGAAGUGAAAAAUGACUGGACUUGCAGUAUUAUUUAACAUUUAUUUUCUCCAACUUCUCUUUAGGAUAUUACACACACUAGUGUGUAAAUCUGUUAAAUAGAAAUAUUUGUUUUAAUUCUUUGCUAGUCUUUUACUGAUAAUUCCUCAAAAGGAAAACAAGCAUUUGCACACUUUCCUUGUUUAAAGGAUGUCUGUAACUUAAAAAUCUGUAUAUGCAGAUGAUUCAGUUUACACAAUGUGUACAUGCUGUGGGUGAAGGAAAGUAAGAUCAACUCCCUGCAGACUUUGCAGCAGGAAACAUUUUUGUGGGGAGAAGAUGGAAUGACAAAGGAGAUCAGAAUGCAGAGGAGAAGGAUGAAGAUACCUGCUUAGAAUAUGGAAUUUGCACUUGGAUUUUCCAAUAGUUUUGCAGACUGAUGGGGGAAGGGAGCAAACUCCACAAAAUCCAACCACUUCCCUACAAGUUACCAGUUUAAAUGAUGGAUGAGAUGAACAUGACUGCCAGGAGAGUUGGGAUUCUCAUUGACUAUAUUUAUCAGUACCUCUCACACAGACCAGCUUUUUAUGUGCCAGCCUUGAAAAGUGACAACUUGAGUCUCAUUCCAAACCACUGGAUGCUGCCAGCUGUGUUAGCUGAGAGGAGUGCCUGGAACAGGCUUUGCCUUGGGCUGCUGGAUGUCUUUGCAUUCCAGUGAGGAAUUCCAGAAUUCCUUUUACCACCUGUACCCUGUGUGUGUCUGGCUCUGCCUGCCUGGCAUGGUUCAGCAUUAUGAAUUUGAAAUGAAAUAUGAAAAUCAAAGACAGAUUUGAGGUUUUUGGUUUGUUUAAUUGUCUUACAUGUGAAUUUUGAUCCCCACAGGCAGUGUCAGAGCCAUCUAGUGGAUGUGUGGGAUUGUAGGAGCUCACAAAUACUUGUGUAGGUGAAGUGGUUAAAAUAGUACAGUGUGUACACACUCAUGAUGAUUCUAAUUAUGUGGAGAAUGUCUUUGCACUGAAGUAACACUGAGGCAGGAAUGAAUUUUUACUUGUUUCCUCAUUUGCUAAAAUGUCUGUAAAAGCAAGGGCAGGGUUGUGAGAGCUCCAGGUGGAGCAUUUGUUUAAUAGAAGUGUGUGACAUGUGGGUGACAAGUCAAGGUGUUGCUCCAGAGAUUGUAUCAAACACAAUUAUUUUUGUUCAGCUCAAGAGAGAAAAGGUCUCUGGCACUCAGGUGGUGACUUUAUUUGGAAAAUUGGUUUGGUGGCUAAUUUUCUUGUAUUGCUUUAGUUCUAUUUAAAAAAAUACAUAAUAAAUUAUUAUAUAAAUA